GCGAGCUGCAGGAGCCGAGGCGAGCGAGCGAUAGCUCAACCAGCAGCACUGGGCCGCGACCAGGAAGUUCCAGAAUUUCCGAACUCCGCGAAGGAUCGUGACCGCGAGAGGAGCUAGAAGAGGACGAGCCGAAGGUGUGCGUGUGUGUGCGCGCGUGUGCGCGCAGACCCGCUCGGUUAAGCGCGCGCGCGCCACUCGCGCGUGUGCCGUUUUGCGCCCUGUGUGCGCCGCGUGUGAUAGGGGAGAGUGCGCCGCAAGGAGAUUCCGCCGUCGUAGCCGUCGUUGCCGUCGGCCGAACGUACGCGGAGACACGGCCCGGCUGACUGGAGGGCGCGCGUGUGUCUGCCCACGGCGGCAGCGGCAGGAACAAGAGGAGGAGGAGGAGCAGCUACAGGAGCUGGAGCUGGAGCUACAGUAGCAGCGAGAGUAGCGGUAGCAGCGGCGUCGACGAGGAGCCCCAGCGAGCCGUCGUACCUUUCGUGCGAGGCAGGGCGCGGGCCGAGGUCGGCGCUGCUGAGGAGCGGAGGUACGAGCGUAAGAGAGGGAGGGAGGGAAGGAAGCCCACGUCAAAGGCGACGGUAGAACAGCAGCCAAGCGGAUCCGGACGAGCCGACGUCAUGUCCGACCGGGAGAGUCUCGACGAUCAGCCGCAAAAGUAUGGAGCCUCUGGAGGUAUGGACGCCACCGGUGCCGACUUCGACUCUGGUCAGCAAGGGCAGCAGGGCGAACAAGAACUGGCAACGAAAAUGCUUCAGAUACAGAGCAAGAGAUUCUAUUUGGAUGUCAAGCAGAACAAGCGCGGGAGGUUUAUUAAAGUUGCUGAGAUCGGAGCUGAUGGUAGAAGAAGCCAAAUUUUCCUGGCACUCAGUACUGCGUCAGAAUUCCGGGAUCAUUUGUCAUCAUUUAGCGAUUACUACGCAUCCUUAGGACCUCCGAAUUCGGAUAACGUACCGGACGACGGCAAACUCAAGUCGGAAAUGAUGGUUAAGGACAACAGGCGAUACUACUUGGACCUGAAGGAAAAUUCUCGCGGACGUUUCCUGCGGGUGAGUCACCCUGUGUCUCAGACGAUAACACGUGGCGGCCCGAGGACGCAGAUCGCGAUACCGGCCCAGGGUAUGAUCGAGUUCCGCGACGCGCUCACGGAUCUGCUCGAGGAGUUCGGCACGGAUGAUGGCGGCUUCAAGGGCGACUUGCCCGACGGCCGCUUCAUGCGCGUCGAUAAUAAAAACUUCUAUUUCGACAUUGGCCAGAAUAACCGCGGCAUCUACAUGAGAAUCUCCGAGGUGAAGACCAACUUCAGGACAGCCAUCACCGUGCCGGAAAAGUCGUGGGCGAAAUUCCGCGAUGUAUUUGCCGAUUAUUGCGAGAAGAUGAAGGAGGGCGGAAGUAGUCUCACGGGUGGUAUGAGCAACAUCGGCGGAACAUCCUCCGGGUCUAAUAACGUCCUCGGCAAUGAAAAUAAGAUGCAGGGGGUGGCGCAGGUAUCGCCACCGUCCGGGACUUCGCAGCUGCAGCAGCAACAACAGCAACAACAACAGCAACAACAACAGCAGCAGCAGCAGCCUAAUCCGAAUUCGAAUUUAGACUCUCCUCUGAUCAAGUGAAAAAGGCUUUAACUUAACUCGAACUUUGGCAAUUUACACCCGUAACUCGUUUAUUCGAAUCGUUAUGCGUACCUACAAGAGCGUACUAAAUAUUAAAUGAAGCAUUUGUCAGAGAAUCAUCGAGAGUCGAGGAACAUACGCCAUCGUCUUCAUCUUAUAUCCUCCGUCGUCGUGGUCGUGAUUUUCUGCAAAGCAGAAGCGCCAAGAGUUACUACGUGUGUGAACGAAAAAAAGUAAAAAAAUCUAAUUUCCUGCUGCCACUCCCCUCACAAAUCUCUUUAAUAAAAUGGCCGCUCGAGCACCUUUGAAAGGCAUUGGGUGACCUGGUGAUUUCUGGUUGUUAGAAUCAUCGAUUAUAAAACAGUCUUGAACGCGAUUGCUUAU